AUGACGCGCGCACCCUCGCCCCCGGCUUUGGGGGAGCUGCGCAAUCCCAGCUCGCCCGCCGUCCAGGUCAACGCUCUCAAGCAGCUCAAGAACUUUAUCGUGGGGCACGACCAGAGAAAGGAGCUUGUGGUCCGCAGAGGCAUAAUACCAGAGCUGGCGCGCGUGCUGCAGGCGAACGUCAAGACAGCGGGCAAGCGACGGCAGCGCCACCUCAAUGGCGGGGCGGGAGGAGCUUCCACCUCAGCGCCUGCUGCCGAAGACGUUGAGAGCUGGACGCAGGAAGAUGAGGAGCGCUUGCAGGCCACGUUGAUCGUGGGCAGUUUGGCUGUUGGUGGACCACCUUUCGUUGCACCAAUCCUCGCCGGAGGCCUCCUUCAACCGCUUCUCGCCGCACUGUCUCCGAGCGACGCUCCGCCGAAGCUCGUCAUAGCUACCUUGCGCACGCUCAUUUCUCUAGCCUCGGCCACCGGGUCUGACCUCUUUCCCAGCGCCUACCGGGAACGGAUAGCAAACGAAAUAUACCAGAAGCCCGAUGGAGACGCUUUGACCGAGAUUUUGGCUCAGCGGUCGGCCAUGCGUACGAUACAGGAGCAGAUCGGUCUGGCUGCCGAAUUGAUCUCGAAGACUUGCCGGAAAGACGAUCACCGCAAUUUCUUGGUCAAGUCUGGGGCAUUGGACCUGCUCGCGUCGCACUUUGCAGCGCACGUGUCGGCAUCCUCGUUGGUGUCACCGGUCGUGGAGGUCUCCGCCAUAGCUUCGUUCCCGCCCGCGCCGUCGAAAUCGCACUUCCUCCACAUCGUCUCGGCAAUUUCGAGUAUCAUUACGGAGUCGAGCUACAGGACGGCGCGGUUCCUGUACUCCCAGCCUGUGGUGGCCAUUUUCCCCGCAGCCAAGCAGAUUUCCGCUUUUGAGAAGUACGGAUUCAUGGUCCAGCCGCGGCCAAACGAUUCGUACAAUACGCAGAACGUCUCUCCUUACGAAUACAUUCUGCCUCAACUGCAGGUAACGCAGACCAAGGAGAGCAACUUCUCGAAAGCAUUCCCGGCUCUGGGGUCCCUCAGCGCACCAGGAGAUGGAACCAGGAUAUCGAGCUUCGCUGAUCCGAACUCGCAAUCCGGGAAGCACGUGACAGGACAGGAAUACGAGACUGCGAUAUACGCGUGGUGCAUUCGCAUGUCCAGGGAACAUCUCGACGACGAGAGGCUUAUCUUUGUCGAGCUACUUGCGGAGCUGGUCAAGUUUGCGGAAACCAACCCUAUUGAUAACCGAUCUGAGUACGCAAAGGAGGGUCAGCGUCGCUUGUUGGCUGUUCUCAUUGUCCCGCUGCUCGCGAAGAUGGCCGACGAAGGCGAGGCAGGUGGCCGCUCCGAGCGCUCCACGAAGGCGAUGAGAUUAAUGGCAGCGUUGCUAGAGUACGAUCCGAUUCUGCAAAACGCUGCUGCAGACUCGGGCAUCAUCAGGAAGGUCUGUUAUGUUCUCAAGAAGUCGUUUGACGCCGUGGUUGGCGAUCAACCGAAGCGCUGGUCACCUAUUCCGUCAUCGCCGGAUGAAAUGGACAGCCUGGAGGGCGUGGAAAGAGCGGACGUGCUCGGUAGCCCUGGAGUAUCACCUGAGGUACACAUUCUCCUGAAGAGUCGGGAGUGUUCGUUGCUUGCGCUUGCGGCUAUUGCACACAAGGAAGAUCCUCACCGAAAGACGAUCAUCGAGAGCGGUGCUGUGGCUUGCAUUGCCGAUUCCCUUAUUCCGUACGAGCGAGAGGAUGAGGAAAUGUCACGCGGCACCAUCUCGACUGGCGCGAAGGAUGGCAAUCCUAUACCUGUGCUGAUUGCUGCCUGCAAUGCGGCCAGGGCAAUGUCGAGAUCGGUCAGCGUGCUGAGAACAAGUAUGAUGGACUAUGGCAUCGCCAAGCCGAUCUAUGGUCUUCUCAAGCAUUCCGUCAUCGACGUGCAGAUUGCGACGACGGACGUUCUAUGCAACCUGCUCUUGCAGUUCUCGCCGAUGAGAGAGGACUUGAUUGAGGCAGGUGUUGUCAAGACCUUAUGCGAACACGCACAUUCGGCUGAUUCAAGGAUACGUCUGAUCUCGCUCUGGGCUCUGAAGCAUCUCGUCUUGCAGGCAGACAACGAGAUCAAGAUACAGUGUCUGGAAGAGCUUGGUACUGGCUGGCUGAUCAACACUGUCAGUGGAGAGGCUCGACAGGUGCAGAUGCCUAAGGGACAUUUCCAGCACUCAAGACCAGCCACCCCAUCACUGGGCAUGGGAACCCCCAAUGCCGCUGGCGAGCAAGUUGAUCUGCUCAAUGCUGUUGAGGAGCCAAGUAUGGAUAUCGACAAUGACACGGGAGCCUCAGGAGAUGAGGACGAUGUCAUGGCAGACAGCAUCGGGCUUCUGCGGAACCGCAGCGCCAACGCAAACAGCACAGUCGCCAAGAACAAGGCGAAGCUGCGGGCAAUAAAAGAUGCAGAGACCAACCCUAUAAUCCGUGCCCAGAAGGAAGACCUACGGAUUCAGGAGCAGGCGCUUGAUUUCAUCCGCAACCUGAUCAUGACAGACGCCGGCUCCAGCCCUGGCGAUAUGAUUGACCACGUCCUGCAGACGUUUGGCCGGGACCGCUUCUUCGAAAUCCUAACCGCCAAAUUGCGGCCUCGCUCUACAGGUGCAGCUCCCUCUUCUUCGAGCCAACACCCAAGUCCCUACCAACAACACUCGUCCACAUCAUCCCCCAACCCAGAAGGCGCCGCGGCUACGACCCGAAACAAUUCGGGCGGCAGCACGUCAGCGCCGUCGGACCUGGCGCACCUGGCGCCGCCCGAGAUCUUACUAGCGACGACGUUCAUCGUGGUACACGUGGCGAACGGCAAGCCGGCGCACCGGCAGCUGGUCAUCGCCCAAACGGGCCUGAUGCGCGAGCUGCUGCCCCUCUUCUCGCACCCGGACCGGCGCAUCCGCGUGGCGUGCGUGUGGCUGGUCAACAACCUGACGUGGAUCGAGGACGCGUCGGACCACGCGGCGGCGCGCCAGCGCGCACUCGAGCUGCGCGGCCUCGGCGUCGAGGCGCGCGUCCGCCUGUGCCUGAGCGACGCCGAGCUCGACGUCCGCGAGCGCGCCAAGACGGCCAUGGAGCAGGUCGGCAAGCUGAUUGACAAUCAUAGCCAUGGCCACGGUUUGGGGCACGGGGGUGGGCAGAGCGGGGUUGGUGGUGGAGGCGGUGGUGCCGGCAGCGGUGGCGGUGGCGGUGCUGGUGGUGGUGGUUCGGGCAGUGGUGGUGCUGGGAGCGGCGGGAGUGGGAGUGGCAGCGGAAGUGGUAGCGGGACGCCUGGGGGUGGUGCCGGUGGGAGUGGCGGCGGCGGCGGCAUCGGUAGCGCCAUGGCUGCGGGGUUCAUGGCGGGGCUGGGCGCGUCGUCGGGGUCGCAUAGGCCGUGGAAUCAGGAGAGGUAA